AUGCUGAGCACUGAGCUUUGGUGGCUGCCGUUCCUCAGUGACGACGUAGUGGUGUGUUCUUUCUCUGAGCUGUCGCCGAACAGAUCCCAUGACCGCGGUGUCGAAGGUUUCUUCGCUGCAUCCAUCGAACGACUACAAGACCGUACGCCUGCGCAUAUAGUCACCUCCAGGACACGGCUCAUGCGCGAAUUAGUCUGUGCUGUCAGGGCUCAAUCCUACAACAAUUCUGGAGAUAUGCAACAGGGCAUUGUCAUUCUGGCAAUAUCAGAUGCACCAAGAGUAAGUCAAAGCUCAUUUCAGCAGGCGCUAUAUCGCAACGUCACGGAGAACAACGCGCAGUUGGAGAAGAGGCUCGAUAAUGUGAUCCGAGAAGCGAACGGCGAGAUCUCCCUUCUCACCAACAAAAUCAAGGAGGUCGAACGUGACCUAGACGGGGAACGCCGCAAAGCCAACAGUCUGCAAGAAUCGCUCAAGGAGAGCGAAAAGGAGUACCAUAAACUCAAGACUCAGUACGACAAGCUCAAGCGCAAAGCCCUUCUCGGAGGCCCGGUCGGAGGAGGCAGUGGUAGCAAGGACGGCCCCGUCCCUCUCACCAACCAGAUGCUCAACAUUCCCUCCCGCCAAGAGGACUCGGCACGAUUGAGGCAAGGAGCAGCAUACGGCGUCGGCGUCCCCGGCCGGGUCGACGUCGGGGCGGUAGUGGGGAACAUGGAAGCCGCUGGGAUCCAGCGCACACCCAUCGUCAAUCGCACCAUGCCCAUGCUCGGCGUGCCCCAGGCCUCAGGCGCCGCCUCCUGGAGGCACCCGCAACCUACCCAGGCACGCGGACGCGCGACGACCGGCCAGCGCCAGCCGUUUGGAGCCGUGGAUACGUCGUACAGGAACAGCGCGAGCACGACCCGUUCCGACCACUCGGACAACACCGCGGACAUCGAGAACCUGCUCACCCAGCCCGCACGACACGGUCAUCGGAGCGCAAGUCUGAACGUCCCCGGGUCGAAUCCGCAGUGGAGUGGGCAUGCGCAGGCGCAACGGACUAGCAACAGUGCUGCGGGCGCACCGAGAGUGAGGCUGAGCCCGUCGGGAAAUCCAGCGUCCAAGCGUUCUGGCCCCAAGUUCAAACCUGCUGGGUUCCACGCGCCGAUGGGGUGA